UGCUGGGUGCUUCCCCGUCACGCAGUGUCUCGCGAGCACCGCUGGCGCGCUGUUCGACAACCGCCUCUCCACAAUGAACGUCUCCAAUCACACCGUCGACGAGUUGGACUAUUUGAAGAAAAACAUCGACGAUGUCUUCCUGUUGACGAAUGGCAUCAUUGUCAGUUUGAUGCAGUGUGGCUUCGCGUGUCUGGAGGCUGGCUCCGUCAGGUCCAAGAAUGCCACCAACAUCAUCAUGAAGAACGUCUUCGACAUGCUGAUCAGCGCAGUGGCGUACUGGCUGGUGGGCUACGCCAUCGCGUACGGGGACGGCAACGCCGUGCUGGGACUCACGCACUGGGCGGGAGCCGGGCUGCGGCCGCACAUGAUGGCGCACUGGUUCUUCCAGUUCGUGUUCGCGGCCACCGCCGCCACCAUCAUGUCGGGAGCCGUGGCCGAGCGCUGCAACUACGUCGCCUACAUCGCCUACAGCGCCGUCGUGUCCGGGCUCGUGUACCCGAUGGUGUCCCACUGGGUGUGGUCGCCCCAGGGCUGGCUGCUGCAGCUCGGCUACAAGGACUUCGCCGGCAGCGGGGCGGUGCACCUGCUGGGAGGGACCUGCUCGCUGGUGGCCGCCGUGUUCCUGGGGCCCCGCAUCGGCCGCUUCGACGGCAAGCUGGGUCCGGAGCUGUUCCUCGGACACUCCACGCCGCUGGUGGGCGUGGGCGGCCUACUGCUGUUCAGCGGCUUCCUGGCCUUCAACGGUGGCUCGCUGGGCUCCAUGGCGGGCCGCGGGGACGGCGGCGUCAUCUCCACGGUGGUCGCCAACACGGUGAUGGGCGGCAGCGGCGGCGGGCUGCUGGUGCUGGCCGGCAGCAGGCUGGGGCUGUUCGGCGACCCCGCCUGGAGCUUCGCCAUCACGCUCAACGCCGCGCUCGCCGGCAUGGUGUCUGUCUGCGGCGCACCUGACGAACUGCUGUUGUGGUCCAGCUUCGUCACUGGGGCGAUCGCUGGCCUGGUGUACAUAGCACUGCACUACGUGGUUCUGAAGCUCAGGAUCGACGACCCUCUGGAUGCCGUGGCAGUGCACCUGGGGGGAGGGUUUUGGGGUCUGAUGGCUGCGUCCAUCUUCUCCCGCAGUGGACUGGUGUACGGGGCCACGACCAGAUCAGCCAUGCUGCUGGUGUACAGACUCGUGGGCGCCGCGGCCAUCUUCCUGUGGUCCGGCGCUGCCUGCUGCGUCAUGUUCUGGAUCCUCAGCGCCUUCGACGUGCUGCGCGUCAGCGAGGACCACGAGUUGCAAGGUCUGGACGUGGCCAUGCACGGAGAGGUCGCCUACCCGCCGACGUCCUGGGAGCCGGACUUCAGGGUCGCGCAGCCAGCGGCUGCGACAGUCGCGGCGCCCGACAAGACGCGGGAGCGCGCAGCGGACAACACGCGCCAGGAGAAGUUCACAAGCCGAAGCAGUAAGUCGUUGCCGCCAGUCGCUGAGUACCACAACGCCGCUUUCGUCAUCAUGGAACACUGCUGACACACGUCACGUCUCGAGCGCCCACAACUGUGCUUCUGUGAAGCAACAACUGGGACGAGUGUGCAGCGGAGAGCGACAACGCCAAAUAGACUUCCAUUUUUGCUUCUUUCCAAUUAACCAGUGUUAUCAACGCACGGAUACCCAUUACAAGAAAAAAAUACGGGUCCCCUAUAAUUUGUUUGGGGUCUCUUUACACUAUGCUAUAAGCAUGGUAAUCUUCGGGAUCGUCAAAUAACUUUUAAAACUAAAAUUCACGAUCGUAAUGUUUUCCAAUAUGACUCAAGCACAUCCUAGUAGGACACUCAAUCUAGCUGAAAGAAUGGAAAAUCUAUGGGGGGGAAAAGGUGCCUUGAUUUCAGAGUGUUUUUUUAAAAACUUGUAAUAUUUAUUCCACGUGUGGCUGGUCUCGUGAAUACUACAUCAUAUUAAACGAAUUCAUGUUCCUGCCGUAACUGUCCCGCUACCCCGCGGUCACUGCUGGGGCGAUGUCAGUUCACGCGAAGAUGCAGGAUCAUCUUCAGAAGAACGCAUGUCGUGUGGUUUUCAGAGUUCAAGUCUAUCGUGAAGGUGAAAAGGGAGUUUCGUCAUUUCAUCGGAAAACAGCACCCAACGUAAAGAAGAAUCACUCAUAGCCGAACAAAAGUCAUUUUUCCAGACGUCUUGGAAACUACACAAUCCACGAUCAGCAGUUCGUAGUGCUCUGAAAGUAGUUGCGUCUUUAUGCUUGCAGAUUCUACAGGAUGUGAAACCAGGGGACAAAAUGGUUGCCUGGAUGAUGACCGAGAACUUUAUGAUAAAGCAGCUUUUAGCGUAACUGGUAGGUACAGUAAAUAGACAUAAUGUUCUGAUUUAGGUAUCCAAGCAACACACAUGAGACAGCAUUUGUAUAGAUGGACAAUCCUCGUAAAAUUUUACUAAUUUAAUAUGGGAGUCGUUUUAAAUAUAAAUGAAUAGAAUUACAUCACAUGCAAACAACUCUUUUUAUUUAAAUAUCUAAUUUUUUUGUUUUUGUUUUUAUGUUUGUAUGUAUAAACAGCAAUAACAAAAACGUUGGAAAAGAUUUUCGGCCGUUACCAGUACAUUAAUUAAAUACUUUAAAACAACUUGUAUUUAACUGCUUAAAUAGGAGAAAUGCAUUUCCAAUUCUGAAAGUCUCCACGCCACAAAAGACAGCAGCUAGAAACUGGAUGUUCCAUUUACAGCCCAAACACGUAGUCGACAUGUAUCACAGCAAUGAUAUGCACUAACAAGUUCUGUUUACUUUGAUGUAAAGGUGUGGACAGUUAAUAACACGUGCUGCUCAACUUCUAUAUUAAAAAUGCAAUCUUCAGAUUUCAAGUGCUACAUUUUGUGAACUGUGGUACGGGAAGUAAAACUUUUUUUACUAUCAA